AAAGGACCCACGUGUGUUCUUGUGUUUACAUUUUAGCGCCUUUUGUAUUUUGUAUUUUAUAUUUCAAUUUUUCAAAACAUUGCAUAUGUAUAAUAAUGUCGGAUAACUUAUUAUAUAGUUUAUCUAACGGUGAAAUCGAAUUAGGUAAAUUUCAAAAAUGGCUCCUUUCUCAGGAAGAGAAAACCGACUACAAUUGUACGCAAAACGAGUUUUUAAUCUAUUUCCUCAACUUCAUACACGAAGAAAUCGCCGACCAAAAGAAAUUCAAUGAGCCCGCAUUAAAUUGCACCCCAAGAAAACUAAAACUAAAACACGAUGUUAAUUCCAUAUCUAAACGUGAUAAUAAAGACAACAAAAGUAGUUCGAUGGUCAAAGUACUUGAAAAAAAAUUCUCGUGUGAUACUCCUUUGGGUAAAGAUCUAGCAGAUACCACACCGAGACAUCCAAAAUCACCUAUAUGUUUGGGCGAUUUUCUUGUAACAAAAUCCGCCAAGAAGAAAACUCCUUUACGAAAAUCAUCAAAUAAAAGAAUAACUCCUACGUCGAUUAAAGACUCAUUCAAAACCACCAAUAGCUACACAGAAUUCGAUACGAAAGAGGUAAUACAAGAUGGUGAAGAAAAUAGGCGAUUUCUAGCCCAAGAAAGGCUUAAAAUCGCCUCUAGGCAAGUCCCAGCUGUGGUCAAAUCGAAAAACGAAGAAGAGCCCAUUGAAAUACAGCCAAGUUUACGAUUGGUACUCAACCAAAAUCAACUCGAUAUUCUAAUCAAAAUUUAUUCAUCGAUUUUAAAACACAAUUUAGUGCUAAAUAUAAUAGGAGAAAUCCAUUACUUGGUAUCUUUACUUGUAAUGAAACAGUACGAUUCGACAUCAAUCGACGACGGUAUACAAGUACUAGAUUUAAAUGACGAGAACAUAUUAUUAACGAAUUGUAAAGUAUCCAGCUGUUUGGAUUAUUUUAACUCGAUUCACAACUUAGUAUAUUUCUCUGUAGAGAUGUUAAAAACGCAAUUUCACGUGCUUGAAUACUACGACAAAUCCACGAUAAAACUGUUAUCGAGUAACAAACGAUUGGAGGAAUUCUCGCCUGAAUUCUCCCGUAAAUUGAGGAAGCUAUGCGAGAAGAAAAGCGACUACGUGAGAGAGUAUACUGAGAAUUCGAAUGUAAGGUUCGAUCUAGAAGUCGAUACGAGGAGUAAUUUUAUAACCGACGAUAGUUUUUUGGCGUUUAAGAAGCAAAGGGAUUUGUUCUACGAGAUAUUGAGAUCCUGGGAGAAGGAGCAUUUGUUGCCUGAAUGGCGGUUUCAGGUGCAAUUAGGUGCUAAAAUUAGGAGUUUAUUGUACAUGCAAAACGAAGUUUGCGAUACUGUACAUUUCGCUAGAUUGUUUAAAUUACAUUUGCUCAACACUUGCGAUCAAUUCAUAGAAGACAAAUUACCAAGCACCUUUCCUACCAUCGAUCCGAACAAAUUGAGCAAACUGCAAAACCGAUUAAUCAACAAACAAUCGGAUAUUUCAAACUCUCUACCCGAUUUCCCAGGUUACCAACAAUUUUACAAGGAAUUUAUUAUCACUGCCGGGAAUCACUCGUUUAACAUUCACCUGUGUGAUGGACUUAUUUGCGAAAUAUCCGAAUCGAUUCACGCUGAUGUUAGCCAUGAGAAAACCUACUUAAAUCGAAUGAGAGUUUCAGCGAAAUUUCUGGGCUUCAUCGAAUCGAUUCCUUAUAACAGGUUAACACACAGUUAUGACGAAACCAGAGCUAGCAAAUUAAUAAGCAUCAGGGAAAAGAAGAACCCUCCGUUGGACGUGAAAAAAAUCCUAUCGGAGUGCAACAGCAUCGUACUCACCAUACCUUGGCUGGUGAACUACCUAUCAAUGUUGGAUUAUGUAACAUUACGGUUACCCUACUACCUUUCAGUGUACAAAAUGUUAUAUCGAAUAUACCAUUCCUACGGCGAAUGGUCUACUACUGUCGAUUACGAUGCAGCUUUGGUGAGAUUUUGCUUGGGUUGGUUGUUCGAGUUGCCUCAUUUCCCUAACACUGAUUACGGCCUGUUUCGUGAUAAGUUUGCGGUGGAUCGUAAAGGAUCUUUAAGGGCGAAAAAACCCUCUGUAGUGGACGAGUGUAUUUUGUUCACCUGUUGCCCCCAUUUAGAGGAUAUGAAAAAGAUGUUAGUCAGCAAUAGAGGGGUUACCGUGAAGCACAUAACUCCAGUAACGGCCGUGGAAUCGUCCGAGAUGAUAUCGAAGAAACGCUGCGAGCAACAACUAGAAGAAGCUUUCUUCAACAAUCAACCGGAAUCGGUGAAGAAAACUGUCGAAUUCGUGUCCGAAAGAGUGUCUUCAACUUGCAUCAAACACAUUUGUAAUACCAUCGUACCAUCUUGCAAAAAAACAGCUUUCAACGAAUUUAGAGACUUCGUCAACAGUCAACUAACUUAUGGUACAUCAAUGGACGUCGUUAAAAUAAAAACUCGCCAUUUAGCGCACGAAAAACUCGCUGCGCUACAAUCGAAAUGCAAGGAAGAACUAUCGAUAAUGCUGGGCGAUCGAAUACCAAAAUCGUUCGACAGUCUUCUACCGGUCGAUUCCCUGCCGCAAGUGAAAUUAACUUGCGUAUCGAUAACGACCAAAAAUUGCAAAGAAAGGAUACACAAGUGGACGAACGAUCAAUUAACCAUCAAUAUCUUCUCGAAAGACAUCGAUAAAUGUUUCGACGUUAUUAAAAGAAAACCGGCGGACGAGAAACCUGUGUUUGUCCUACCGCCGUCUGGUAAGAGGCCACAGCACGACGAUAGCCUCUCCAGCGGAUUUCGAAUAGCUGAUAAAAUUAGAACACUAUCGGUGGAUGUUUUAGAGCGUAAGGACUACAUCGAUGGUAAUCUAUUGGACGUGUUACUGAAGGAUGUUAAGGAAUCUUUGGAGCAACGUUGCGAUCUCAACGAUUUCAUCGUUUUCAAUAUCUCCAAUUUGAUGUUCGAACUCGCAUUGUUGUUGAUUGCCUUCAGGCCGGAUUUGAUGGAUAGAAAAACCCAAGCAAAGUUGAUAGACAUUUGGCGGAGACAUUGCCGCUCGACGGAGGAUUUGUUUAAGGAUUUGCUGUGUCCCAGGAACGUCGCCCUAUUGGGCGAAUCGCCCAAUCCGGGCGACUGUUGGCGCAAUUACGCCCGCUUCGUGGCGUUUCUGAUCGAAGAAAAAGUCUUAUCGUGCGACAGCUUCGAACGACAGUGCACUGGUUUUUUUCGAAGGGAUUACGAACGGAGUAUCAUAAAUGGAGUUUGCAGCUUCAUGAACCAGUUUGUGGAAUUUUACAAAACGAACGGCGGAGAUUGCGGUAAAUUCACCAUGUUGGUUGAAUUCCUUUCGGAAUUUUGUAUGGAUUUGUAGAUAAG